AUAAAUGGAGGGAGAAGGAAAUAAAAAUGCAGAAGCACGAUACAGAGGAAUUCGUAGGAGACCAUGGGGUAAGUUUGCAGCAGAAAUUCGUGACCCAACUAGAAAAGGCUCUCGUAUUUGGCUUGGAACAUUUGAAACAGCAGAACAAGCUGCACGUGCUUAUGAUGCUGCUGCUUUUCAUUUUCGUGGUCACAAAGCCAUUCUCAAUUUCCCAAAUGAUUUUUCUCAUUCUAGUAUUAAUUAUAUUCCAAACACUACUUCAACCUCAAAUUCAUAUCAACAACAAGGUGAUGAUACUUUUGAUCAAUUGGAAUGCUUGGACAACAAGUUAUUGGAAGAACUUCUUGGUCAGGUGCAAGAUGAUGGUGCAGGUGGCUCUAGAUUUGCUUAAGAAGAAUUAAUUGAUUAGCUUGCAAGCUAUCUACAUGCAUAUAAAAGAGACUGUCUUGCUUUAUUUGCAUGUAACUAAAUUUGUGG